CCUUACACAGAGGACAGAGUGAAGAGACAGCGGGCAAGGCAGCACUACCUCGUCAACUCGGGAAAAGGCUCCCAACCGCCGUUGCGCUGCGGGAACCAAGAGACAAGUGGUUGUGACUGCGCCGCGACCCUGACAGCCGCUGCUACCACUGUGGGAGGAUGGCGACACGGGUCACAGGCAGCCGUGAUUCGGGCCACACCUUCGGCCAGGAGGAAUACAGUCUGUACAGCAGCCUGAGUGAGGACGAGCUCAUUCAGAUGGCAGUAGAGCAAAGCCUCUCUGUCACUUCUUCCUCCUCCGCCCAGCCUCCCGGUUCGACAGUGCCGACUCACCCCAGGGCCCUAGCCCGAGCCCAAGCUCAGGGCAAUCAUCCAGCUGUCCGGGCUUUGGGACCCCAGCCAUGCCCCAAGAACAGGUCGCCGGUGACCGGCGCUGCUCCCUCAGCGAACCCUCCGAGGUCAGCCUUCUCCAGAAGAUACGACGGCAGACCGUUCCCCGUCUCCAAACCGGCAGCGGAGCCUGAUCCUGUUGCCAUAGCAAUUAGUAAAGGGGACGAAGAAGCUCUGAAGAGAAUGAUACAAGCAGGGAAGAACCUUUGCACGCCAAAUCCGGAUGGUUGGAUCCCUCUGCAUGAAGCCGUCUUUUACAACAAACCAGGAUGCGUGAAAUUGCUGCUGUCAGCUUAUCCCGGAACGGUGGAUUGUCGGACGCUGGGAGAGGAAACAGCUCUAUAUUUAGCAACAUCUCGAGGAUACGUGGAGUGCAUGAUUUGUUUACUGGAAGCUGGGGCAGAAUGUGAUAUCACCAAUAAGACCAAAGAAACAGCACUCUACAAAGCCUGUGAAAAUAAAAAUGUGGAGGUGGUGAAAUUGCUGGUUAAGUUCAAUGCUGAUGUGAAUCACCGCUGCAAUCGCGGAUGGACUGCUCUUCACGAGGCAGUUGUACGAAACGAUCUGGACAUUAUUGAAGCUCUUAUCACCGCCGGUGCCAAGAUUGAGUCAACAAAUGCCUAUGGAGUCAGUCCAUUGUUUGUUGCAGCUCAGAGUGGACAAUUGGAAGCCUUGCGUUUUCUUGUCAAACACGGUGCUGACGUCAACACCCAAGCCAAUGAUAAUGCCUCAGCAUUGUAUGAAGCCAGCAAAAAUGAGCAUACCGACAUUGUGGAAUUUCUCCUUUCGCAAAACGCUGAUGCAAACAAGGGGAACAAGGAUGGCUGGCUGCCCCUUCACAUCGCAGCUGCCAGAGGCAACAUGGACCUGAUUGAAAUGUUGCUCCCAGUCACGAGUAAGGUCCGGGUGAGACGCAGUGGAAUAAGCCCUCUUCAUCUCGCUGCUCAGCACAACCACGUGGAUGUUAUGGAGGAGCUGAUUGAAGCUGGCUACAAUAUAAAUGCCCUCUUGUCACCUGAAAGAUCACGACUUUUUGAAGACAAGCGCACUUCUGUGUUGUACUUUGCUGUUUACAACAACAAUGUGGAGGCUACGGAAAUCCUGCUGAAGGCUGGAGCAAAUCCUAAUGUGGAUCUGAUAAACCCACUGCUCAUUGCGAUCCGACACGGCUCCAUCAGAAUCAUCCAGCUGCUGAUGAGCUACGGAGCUAACAUCAAUGCCUAUAUUCCGACACACCCCACGUCCUUCCCAGCAACAAUCAUGUUUUGUAUGAAGUACCUCAGCUUGCUGAAGUUGAUUAUGGACUAUGGCGGCGACGCAGAAUCUUGCUUUAAUUGUGAAUAUGGCAAUUGCCAACAUCCAGAACAAGAGCAAAGAAGACCUGACACAGUAAUAGAACAAAAACAUCGAAAAGUUGUACAAUCCUUUAAAGUUCGCCCAAAACUGCAUGUAUGCCUUACAUGUUGCUCAGAGGAAGUGUCCCAAAGCCCGCAACCUCUCCUCCAGCUCUCCAAUGGCCUUCCUGAGAAAGGAGGUCCAGUUCACCUGGUUCAGAUACAUGUCUGUCCUUCUUUUUGUGAGAUCAUAUCCACAGACAGAAUCUACAGAUGGGCCGGACCAAUCAUUGACGUGCUCCUGGACUACGUUGGGAACGUGACUCUCUGCAGUAAGCUGAAGGAACAUCUGGAUAGCUACGAGGAGUGGGCAACCAUCAAAGCUAAAUCAGAGCCUCCAAGACCACUUGUUCAUCUUUGUAGAAUCAAAAUUCGGAAGCUAUUGGGACAUGAGAGAUUAAAACUUAUUGAACUGCUGCCGCUCCCUGGCCGGCUGAGAAAUUACCUGGAGUACAACUAUACGAAUGAGUUUGCAUAACAGAGCACAGCAAGGAACACCAUAAUUCACAAUAGAAGUAGAAGUAAGUUAAUUGACAUGAAAAAAGGAUUCAGUGUAGAGUAUAACAAUGGCACAAUUUUUUAUAUGUGACUGUACAACAGAACAAAAGGAAAUAAUACUUCAAGGGAUAUAAAGACUGAAGUUAAAGAUCCACCCUGUGGUCUAUGAUUGAUGAAGAGACUGAGCACGAAGAUGUACACAAGCCCAAUCAUUCUGCUGGGGUACAGGGCGCCGACGGUAACUCAACAGUGUCAUCUGUCCUGGGCCAGUCUUUCACAGUGUCCCCGGCUGAGGCUCAUCCCCCUCUCCCAGGGAUGAGGCCUCCAGAGCCUCUGUUGGUGUCUCUGUAGAUCUGGAUUUUUACGGGAUGGAGUUGCUAGCCCCAUGCUAAACCCUGCUCAUUUUGCAGCCGGACUUGGGACUGUCCACGGCAGCACCAAUAGGUGCUCACCCAUCAAUCCAGGAUCUUCGGAUCUAAAUGUUCCAAGUAGAGGAACCCAAACCCGGGUGUUUUGAAACGGAAGCAUUCUAAAGGUACAUUAAAUGCCAAGACGUGAAAGAAAAAGCAAAGUUAGGCUUCAUUAUUGUUGGGUCCUCUCACAAGUUCUAAUGGAAGGUUACCCCAGAAGAAUCAGCCUCACCUCCAACCCGGGUUGCCUGAUCUACUCUGCAUUUGCAUAAUUUUGUACUUUCAAAUCAGCUUUCCAAUAGGCCGCAGUAUUUUAAUCUGUAUAUAUGUAGAAAUGAAAAAAAGUACCAAGAUUUGUGUAGAAAUAUGGAAGCACAAGAGAUGGCAGAUGCGGGAAUGCAGAGCGACAAACAAUCUGCCAGGGGAACUCAGCAAGCUGAGCAGCACCUCUGUGUGGGAGAAAGGAAUUGUUGAUGUUUCAGGUUGUAACCUUGCAUCAGUACUAUGCAGGGUUUUGACGAUGAAUAUCAAGUUUAAAUUCAAGGUAAAGUUCACUGCCAUCUCUAAAUCAUCAUUAUUAUGUGCCGUGUUGUAUGACAUUCAUCAUUAUGUGCCAUGUCAUGUGAUGAGGUGAUCAUGGACUUGACCACGAUUGUUCUUGGCGAGUUCUUCUACAGAAGUGGUUUGUCAUUGCUUUCUUCUGGACAGUGUCUUUACAAGAUGGGUGACCUCAGCCUUUGACAAUACUCUUCAGAGUUUGUCUGCUUGGCGUCAGUGGUCGCAUAACCAGGGCUUGUGAUCUGCACCAGCUGCUCAUACGACCACUCACCACCUGCUCCCAUGGUUUCACAUGACCCCGAUCAGAGGCUAAGCAGGUGCUACACCUUGCCCCAGGGUGACCUGAAGGCUAGCGGAGGGAAGGAGCACCUUACACCUCCUUUGGUAGAGACGUAUCUCCACUCUGCCACCAAAUUGUCACCUGACUGUACGUGAGUACAACCAAACAAAACAAUGUUUCCCCUGACCAUUGUGCACCCACUAUACAUAUAUCACACACAGCACAUACGUAAAACAAAAUAUUACCACCAAUAAGUUAACAAAAUAUCAUUGAAAAUGCAUGUGAAGUAAAUAGUAAGCAGCUUGCUGACCUCGUGAUGAGACCUCGGUGGUGGCAGGGUAUUCAUUUGUCUCACAGCCUGAGGGAAGAAGCCAUUACCCAGUCUGGCAGUCCUGGUCCUGAUGCUCCUCUCCCUCCUCCCUGACUACAGUGGGUCAGAGAGAUUGUGGGAUGGGUGGUAGGGAUCCUUAGCUAAUUUUCAAACCCUUCCUCUACAACGCUCCCAAUAAAUGUCACAAAAAGUGGGGAGAAGGACCCUGGUGAUGGUUUUGGCAGUUUUCGGUAUUCUCUGUAGGAAUUAGCAAUGCCUUUCCCUUACAAAUGCUACUCGAGCUGCAAGAGUUCCUCCAGCAGAUUGUUCUUCAUGCCGAAACACUCUGUGGCAUCAAUGUAUAAGAAAAGAUUUGGUGAGCUUUCUUUGUGAAAGAAUAGUGGUUAAUGAAUUCUCCUGCGAUUCAGGAUCAUUUUGUGGGAAUUGGCUUGAGUUUAGACCUUGUCCUGAAAACAUAUCAUGAAAAUCUUAAAAAAAUAUUAGUGCGAGUUUGACACAACACUUAAUUUUUAUGCUUUAUAAUAAGCACAAACUUAAGACGUGUUCUUUAAUUACUUUUGGUGUUUUAAGAAGUACAUUUUGGUAAAUGGAACACCACAACAUGUGGUGUGUUAUUUUUCUACAUUGUUAGUAAACAGUUCAUAGAAAAACCUUGAACCCUUUUCCCCUGAGCUCUCUCAGUGUUAAAUGCACCAUUGUGGGAUUGACCAAGGCAGAAGAAACAUGCAAAAUUCCCAUCUAGUCUUUGUUGAGUUGCCUGAUCUUAUCCAAGUUAAUAGUUUGCGUAACGAAGCAAGAAUGGGCCGCUCAGCUCCCCUGUUCAAAGUUCAAAGUUCAAAUUGAGUUGAUUAUCGAAGUGAAUAUAUGUCACCAUACACUACCCUGAGAUUCAUUGUCUUGUCGGUAUUCACAGUAGCUGCAAAAAGAAUCAAUGAAACACUGUGCACAACAAAGAUGGACAAACAACCGGUGUGCAAAAGACAACAAACAGUGCAAAUACGAAAAGAAAGAAGUAAAAAUAAACAAACAAACAAACAAAUAAAUGAGUAAUGCAAACACGAGGAAUUCUGCAGAUGCUGGAAAUUCAAGAAACACACAUCAAAGUUGCUGGUGGCCUCCUCUACUGUAAAGAUGAAGCCACACUCAGGUUGGAGGAACAACACUUUAUAUUCCGUCUGGGUAGCCUCCAACCUGAUGGCAUGAACAUUGACUUCUCUAACUUCCGCUAAUGCCGCACCACCCCCUCGUACCCCAUCCGUUAUUUAUUUAUAUACACACAUUCUUUCUCUCUCUUUUUUCUCCCUCUGUCCCUCUGACUAUACCCCUUGCCCAUCCUCUGGGUUCCCCCCCCCCACUUUUCCUUCUCCCUGGGCCUCCUGUCCCAUGAUCCUCUCAUAUCCCUUUUGCCUAUCACCUGUCCAGCUCUUGGCUCCAUCCCUCCCCCUCCUGUCUUCUCCUAUCAUUUUGGAUCUCCCCCUCCCCCUCCAACUUUCAAAUCUCUUACUAGCUCUUCUUUCAGUUAGUCCUGACGAAGGGUCUCGGCCUGAAACGUUGACUGUACCUCUUCCUAGAGAUGCUGCCUGGCCUGCUGCGUUCACCAGCAACUUUGAUGUGUGUUGCUUAAACAAAUAAAUAAGCAAUAGCUAUUGAGAACAUGACUUAAAGAGCCCUUGAAAGUGAGUUCAUAAGUUGUAAGAACGGUUCAGUGAUGGGGUUAGUGAAGCUGAGUGGUUCAACAGCCCAAUGGUUGAGGGGUAAUAACGAUCCUGAGCCUGGUGGUGUGGGUCCUGAGGUUUCUGUGCUCUCCUCCUGAUGGCAGUGGUGAGAAGGAGCGUGUCCUGGGUGGUGGUGGGGGUUUGUGAGGAGGAAUGCUGCUCUCCUGUGACUGCGCUAUGUGUAGAUGUGCUCAGUGGUGGGGAGGAUUUUACCCGUGAUGGCCUGUGCCUUAUCCACUACUUUUUGUAGGAUUUUCUAUUUAAGGGAUUGGUGUUUCCAUACCAGGCUGGGACGUAACCACUCAGUACACUCCGCACCACACGCCUGUAGGGGUUCGGCAUUGAAUUGUGAGAGAUCAAAUAGCCAUACUGCUUUUGAACUGUAAGUUCAUGCUCAUGUUCAUAACUCUUUAUACUCUCAUCCAACAAAAACAAUUUGAUCCGUAUCUUCAAAGCUUCCUUUUACUCACAGAUUCAGCCUUUGAGGUAGGAAGUUUAAGAUUUAGCUAACCUUUGUGUGUGAUGAAAAGUAUUUCUUAAUUUCGCUGUUAAAUCUAAUGUCAUAGCCAUGCCCCAUUGUUCUGGGUGACUUCACUGGCGUCAUUGUUUCUCUGAAUCUAAUCUCCACUAAUCAAAUAUCAGCAUCAUGCAAGGUCAGCGUCAUGUUUCGUGGUCAACUAUCGACCACUAAUCAAACAGCGGCAUCAUGCAAGGUCAAGGUCAUGUCUUGUGGUCAACUGUCGACCCAGCGUUCAGUGUAAAGAGCAACAGCUGAGGGAGGAUUUAAUGAUAGAAGUGCUGGAGAGAUGUUUACAUGAAGAUAGUGGUAAACAGUUACGACUGCAGAAGGCAGGAGAAAACUGGGUAAAGUGUGCCUAUUGGAAAGAGAAGAGUUCCUGUUUAUCUGCACUCUUUAUACAUAGAACAUACAGUAGAAUAUAGAACAUCAAACAGUAGAGCACAGGACCAGAUCCUUUGGUCACAGUAUUGUGCUAAACCAAAUUAACGAGCUAUUUGAUAAACUGCUCCCUUAUUUAUCUUUUAUUUAUUUAUAAAUACACCAUGGACCUGGUCUUUCUGGCCCUUUGAGCCACACUGCCGAGCAACUUCCUAACUUAACACUAGCCUAAGUGCGAGACAAUUUACAAUUUACAAUAUUUUAUAUUUUGUGUUAUUCAUUCAUUUUUUUGUCAUUUGCACAACUUGUUCUAUUUUGCGUGUUGGGUGUUUGAUGAUUUCUUUGAACAAGUUCCACGGUGUUUUUUUGUUUCGUGGCUGUCUGUGGGAAGACAAAUCUCAGAGUUGCAUACUGCAGGUGUACUUUCAUAAUAAGUGUACUUUGAACUUUGAAAUUUUAGAACAAUUAACCGACUAUCUGGUAUUUCUUUGGACUGUGGGAGGAAACCAGAGCACCCAGAGAAAACCCACGCAUUCCACAGGAAGGACUCUUACAGAUAACUUUGGAAUUGAACUCUGAACUCCAUUGCCCCAAGCUGUAAUAGUGUUGCGCUAACCGCUACACUACUGUGGCGUCCAAUUAUGCCUAAUGUAGGUCUUCUGUCUACGCAAUGUCCACAUCUUCCAUUUUCCUCACAUUCAUAGUCAUAGUCAUAGUCAUACUUUAUUGAUCCCGGGGGAAAUUGGUUUUCGUUACAGUUGCUCCAUAACUGUAAUUCAUGUGUUUAUUUAAACAUCCCUGAAAAGUGCCUGGUGUAUCUGCCUCUACCUCCAGCCCAGGCAGUUCAUUCCAGGCACCCACCACUCUCUGUGUGAAAAAAAAUUUGCCCCUCACACCUCCUUUAAAAUUACUCCCUCUCACCUUAAACGCAUGUCCUCUGGUAUUAGACAAUCCAACAUUGAGAGAAAGGUAUUGUCUGUGUACUCGGUCUAUACCUCUCAUAAUGUGGUAAACCUGGCCAUCAUCAUUAUGCACAGUGUCGUGUGACGUGGGUGAUCAGGGACUUUCCAUGGCCAUGAUUAUUCUUGGCAAAUUUUUCUACAGAAGUUGUUUGCCAUUUCCUUCUCUGGGCAGUGCCUUUACAAGACAGGUGACACAAGCUAUUAUCAAUACUCUUCAGAGAUUGUCUACCCUGUGUCAGUGGCCGCAUAACCAGGACUUGUGAUGUGCACCAGCUGCUCACACGACCAUCCACCACCUGCUCCCAUGGCUUCACGUGAUCCGGAUCAGGCGUCUCACCAGGCACCACACCUUGCCCAAGGGUGACUUGCAGGCUAACAGAGGGAAGGAGUGUCUUCCUCCUCCUUUGGUAGAGAUAUAUCUUCACCCCACCACACAUAAACCUCUAUCAGAUCUCCCCAAAUACACCUGGUGUAUUUUAACGACAAUUGCAGUAAUUCAUGGAUCAGGGAGUCUGUAGGAUCAAUGAUUCUAUUUCACAGUGAAUAGGAGGAAAGCUAAAGAGUUGAAUACAGCACCAGCCUUCUAGCCACCAGAGCUGAUACAAUAUACCUACAGGUCAUGGGUUAAGGGUGAAAGGUGAAGUGCUUAAGGGGAACAGGAGGGGAGUCUUCUCCAUUCUGAACAUCUGCCUGCACAAGUGGUGUAUGCAAACUCAAUUUCAACAUUUCAGAGAAGUUUGGAUAAGUAUAUGGACGGGAGGGUUAUGGAGAGCUAUGGUCAUGAUGUAGGUCAAUGGGAGUAGGCAGUUUAAAUGGUUUGGCACGGACUAGAUGGGCUGAAAGGCCAGUUUCUGUGCUGUACUUAUCUAUAACUCUAAUACAGUAAUUCCAGUCCAAGUUUAACUUUAUUGUCAUCUGACUGUACAUAUAUAGAACCAAACAAAACAACGUUCCUCCAGACCAGGGUGCACCACACAAUAUAUAUCUCACACAGCACAUAAAACAAAAUAUUACCACAAGUAAGUUAAUAAAAUAUAUUUCAAAAUGCAUGUAGUGUGCACAGCACAGGUAAACAGUAAACUGUGCAGUAAACAGGUCGCCCUCCUAGUAACAAGACCUCGGUGGUGGCAAGGUAUUCAUUAAUCUCACAGCCUGAGGGAAGAACAAUUCUCAAAUUUUGUAAUAAGACAACUAUAAGUAAUUGAUUUGAUGCAUAUAAUUUUCAUGUAACUUUAGUAUCUUUCUGCCUUUUUCUGGAAAUAUUAUCCUGCUUUUAUUGGGAGAAGCUGCUGUGGUUUCUGUUUUAUUUCUGCCCAUUUGGUAGACUUGGUUUUCUAAGUAAAUUGCUGUGGUUUGCUGUGUUAAUUUGCAGGUUGAGUCUGUGGUGAAGAAGGCAAAUGCAAGAGAACUAGAAUAUAAAAGCAAAGAUGUAAUGUUGGAACUUUAUGAAGUACUGGUGAGGCCUCGCAGAGUACUGUGAGCAGGUUUGGGCCUCUUAUCUCAGAAAGGAUGUGCUGAAACUGGAGAGGAUUCAAAAGAGAUUCAAGAAUAUGAUGCCAGGAUUGAACGUCUUGUCAUAUGAAGAGCGUCUGAUUGCUCUGGGCCUGUAUUCACUAGAAUUCAGAAGAAUGAGGGAUGACCUCAUUAAAACCUAUCAAAUGUUGAAAGGCAUCGAAAGAGUGGAUUUGAGAGGAUGUUUUCUAUGGUGGGGGAGUCUAAAUCCAGAGGAGACAGCCCCAGAAUAGAGGGGUGUCCUUUUAGAAUGGAAAUGAGGAGGAAUUUCUUUAGCCAGAGAGUGGUGAAUCUGUGGAAUUCUUUGCCACAGGAAUCUGUGGAAUUCUUUGCCACAGGCAGCUGUGGAGGCCAAGUCUUUAUGUAUAUUUAAGGAAGAGGUUGAUAGAUUCUUGAUUGGUCAGGGCAUGAAGGAAUACAGGGAGAAGGCAGGAAAUUGGGGACUAGAAGAAAAUUGGAUCAGCCAUGAUGAAAUGGCAGAACAGAGACAAUGGACCAAAUGGCCUAAUUUUGCUCCUAUAUCUUAUGGUCUUAUGGUCUCAUGGUUUAUACAUUGUCUAUACAUACUGGUUAACAAUUUGGUCUGAUACCAGUUGGUAUCUUUGACAAUUUUACACUCAGACUUAUCCAGAACCACAUUGAUAAGGCAGUGUAUAACAUGUGUCACAAGGAAACCAUCAACCUCUGUAUUAUUUGGCUGUACAAAACACUGGGAUCCAGUGAUGAUAGGUAAUAUUUUCAAACAGUGUUCGGAACUGCAGGUAAAUUGCAGGGUUACAGAACAUUGUUAUAGUUUAAUGCACUGGAAUGUUUCUGUGCUUUUUUUUCUACUCGAAAUUUAACAGGAACAUUGUAAUUCUGACAGUGGUUAAAAUAAAAAGU